AUGACAACUAUUCCAGUUCCUCAGAGCUGUAUAUACACGGGUGCAACCACCACAGACACUGCUUGGACAUUUCCUACAUACACCACCAAUGCCACUCAACCAACGAGUCUACCCCUGGCUCCAGGGACACUUUCCAACUGUUCAACAUAUACCCAAUAUUAUGCCACAUCGCGUAAUACUUCGACAAUAAAUUCAUGUUAUGUUGUGGCGGGCUUCUACGACGAGGACGUUGAUGACUUUGUAUCUUGGAACCCAUCUUUAUCUUACGACCCCGAUAGUCCAAGCGACUGUCAACUAAAACAAGGAUACCAAUACUGUGCUCAAUUGAAUGUCCCUACGGCGACAGUCACUACCACCGUAAUUUCUGUGACAUCAACUACAAGCACACAACAGGCCACUAGUACGGGGCCAAACGGUGAACCCACGCCAUUACCCAUACAGACUGGAAUGACAUCAAACUGCGAUAAAUUCUAUCUUGUCCAGCCCGACGACGGCUGCUAUGACCUCGCUGCUGCGAAUGACAUUGCUCUAUCGGAUUUUUACUCGUGGAACCCUGCUCUCAAUGGAGACUGCUCGGGGCUGUAUCCUAACUAUUAUGUCUGCGUGGGAGUCUUUUCUAGCACUUCAACGGUGGCUCCGACAACCACCACCACCACGACUACAGCUCCUAAUGGUACUCCUACGCCAACUCAGGCAGGAAUGGUCUCUGGAUGCAAGACAUUUUAUCUAGUGCAGUCCGGUGAUGGAUGCUAUGAUAUAGCUACGAGCUACCAGAUCACACUGGAUCAGUUUUAUUCGUAUAAUCCGGCUGUGGGGGAUGACUGUAGUGGGUUGUGGCCGAAUUACUAUGUCUGUGUUGGGCUUUAG